AUGGCCGCCAAGUCACCCGCGAUCCCGGGAUUCAGCGCCCUCUCGGACCAGGUGUUUGUGCGCCCAGGCAGCGUCGAUGUAAAGCCAUCUACGAGCGAUCCCGACACCGUGAUAAUCUACGGCUGGGGCGACGGCCAAGGCAGGCACGUGGCCAAAUACGCCGAUGGCUAUCGCCGACUGUUCCCCCACGCCAAGCAGGUGGUGGUGCUGUCGCCCAUCAUCAAGGGCAUGUUCUCGGACCUGCGGCAACGCUCCGAGUACAUGGUGCCCGUGGUAGAGGCCAUGGGCGACGAGGAUUCCGCGCUGGUCCACGCCAUGUCGAAUACCGGAGCCGCCAACUACGCCGCCACGCUGCACGCCUACCGGCUGAGGAACAACGAGGCGCUCCCGCAUCAGCUGCUCAUCAUGGACUCGACGCCCGGCAGCACGGACCUGACGCCGUCCAACGUGAUGCGCUGGUCACGAGCCAUGGCCAUGGGCACGGCCAGCUGGUUUCCGUGGCCGACUGCAGUGACACAGGCCAUCUGGGGCGUCUUCCUGUGCGUCCACAGCUUGUACUGGUGGAUGCUGGGGCGGGAAAGCGCGGGGGCUUGGAGUCGCCGAGCCGUCAACGACGAGAGAUACGAGGCAAAGGGGGCGCGCAAGCUGUACAUGUACAGCAAGGAGGACGAGCUCAUCUCGUGGGAGGACAUCGAGCGGCACGCGGCGGAGACCAAGGAGCGCGGCUGGGAGGCCGAGGCGGAGCUGUUCCAGGGGAGCGGACACGUCGGACACAUGCGGCAGAGCCCGGCGCAGUACUGGACGGCCAUUGGGAGAGCGUGGCGACGGGCUGCUGGAGGGGAGUCGUGA